UCGAGAUGAAGACGUCUACGCCGCGCCGAGCUCGGCGUAAGCACUCUAGAACUGUCCGCAACUUCAUCUUGUGUCUUGGUUCGCCUUCGUACGGCCUCAAUCGCCAAUUAUAUCGUCCUCCCUGAUCCACUAUGGCUCACGCUUCUCAGACUGUAGCUGUCUAGACUCAAUACAUCCUCAUUUAUUUGGACACGUCCAAAUGCCGAGCCCUCAGCACCGUGCUCAGGUACGCCGCACGAUGCUUCGCCAUCCGAUCAGCAGUCUGUUGCACGACGAUAAUGCGAAUGGACGUCGACAACAGAUGGGCACACGGUUGACACACGGGUGUGCUUUGGGUGAGCUGGGCCAUGCGAACCAGGUUGUCACGCGGGUGGCGGGUUCAUCAAGGAAGUCUUCCCGUGUGGCUGAGAUGAACGCUAGUGCCGCCGGCAGACACUUCUACGCGUCCUGUUCGGUGUUCCGUCUUCGCUCUCGUGCGCACUUUAUCAGGCUGUGCGAAGGCCGUUUAUCUUGCUCUGUCGCUGCUGGGGGCGUCGCUCUUUCUGUCAUCAUCCACCUCAUCCUUACUCCCUUGGCCGGGCUGCUGAAGUAUGGUCCCGCACUUUUGAUGCGGCUGAGGAUCAAAACGACACCACUCGUCGUAGCAUGCUUGCUACAGCCGUUAUCAUGCGGUGUCGUAACGGGUCCGUGUUUCGCCGGCGCCCUUGUGCAUGUCUCUGACACGGAAGGGCAGUACUAGCUUCCUACUCAGCAUCUCAGGGCAGCCAGCCGUGGGACGUGGGCCCUGGAAGCCAGGCGACGAGAUAGGGCCCGCCGCCGGCAGACGCGCAUCGACAACGAAAUAUAAAGCCGAUGAUGUGGGCCGCCGUGGGCUUCGCGCUGCUCCUGCUCGCUGCCCACUACUCCCACUAUGUCUGGAGUCGGUCGUCGCCUUGGUGUCGUCGCGCUCGCUCUCGUCUGCACUGGCGUGAAUGCGGGCCCUGUGCA